CUACUGGUCCGACUCCUGCCCGCAAUAAAUACCAAGGGCCGGCCCGCUCCAGGCACAGCACCGAGCAAGGCUCAUAGCGCUUCACCACAUAGCGCAAGCCAGGACCUAGACGCACUUGCCCCCACGCCGAGCAUUUAUACCUCGCUUUCCAGGACUACCUGAAUUGAGCAGCCACCGGAGCGCUGGACACUAGUGCAAGUUGCAUCCACUCGCAAACAUGAGAGCUUCAGCAUUGCUGGCGCUGGUGCUGGCGGCAUGCCUCGCCUGCUCCGCGCUCGGCCAGACCUUCCCGCCCUACAGCUGCACACGCGACCCUCAGCAAUCGCGAUUCCGGCUGGACAUGCCCUACACCGUCGCCGGCAACCGCGUGUGCAUGACCACGCGCGUGGUGCCGUGCGCCAAGCCCGGAUCGCCCUGCUGUGACAAGAAGAUCGACCUGUACAAGAUUGAGCUGGACAUCAACGCGCAGUGCAAGUUUGCGGUGACGGGCGUGACGGUCAACGGUCGCCCCGCGCUGGCGCCCACGUUUGACCCGUACGGCCCCUCUAACUCCAACAAAGCCGUCAUGAAGCUGACCGGCCUCAACCUCACACUCGCCACCGCCGAGGGCGCCGUGGUGUGUAUGAAGCUGGGCGGCGCCUGCCCCACCAUGGACACCCUCUGCACCGUGGGCAACGGCUUCUGCCAGACCGCGCUGGUGCAGAGCGGAACCUGCAACUGCUGCCCUGUGCAGAUGCUGGGCUUCAUGCCCCCGCCGCCCUCGCCCCACCCACCCCCGCCGUCUCCCCCUCCUCCCUCUCCUCCCCCUCCCUCUCCUCGCCCUCCUUCCCCCACGCCCCCGUCUCCCAAGCCCCCCAGCCCCCAGCCUCCUUCCCCUCGCCCUCCCAGCCCCCCUCCUCCGUCACCUCCUCCCCCGACUCCUCCCCCUCCCUCGCCUCCUCCACCUAGCCCUCCUCCUCCCUCGCCUCCUCCUCCGUCGCCUCCUCCCCCGUCUCCUCCCCCUCCCUCGCCUCGCCCUCCCUCUCCUGCGCCUCCUUCGCCCAAGCCGCCCAGCCCGGCGCCCCCCAGCCCGCGCCCUCCCAGCCCCCAGCCUCCUUCCCCCAAGCCUCCCAGCCCUCCUCCUCCGUCGCCCCCUCCCCCGAGCCCGCCCCCUCCCUCGCCCCCGCCUCCCUCUCCGCCUCCUCCGUCUCCUCGCCCGCCCUCACCCGCGCCUCCCAGCCCCGCGCCGCCCUCGCCCGAGCCGCCCCUGCCCCCCAGCCCUGAGCCGCCCAUGAACCCUCUCACCCCCGCCAUCCGCCGUCCGCCGCCGCCCGUGCCCGUCAGCUUCCCCUUCUGUGAGUGCAACCGCACCGUCGGCAACGUGCCCUUCACCUUUGACCCCACGCCCGUGGUGAAGAAGGCGGCGUCUGGCCCCAACAAGAUGUACUGCCUCACGCUCUACACCACCGACUGCAUCGACCCCAGCAACAAGUGCUGCGCCCAGCGCCUGUCCAAGGUGGAGUGGUGGAGCAAGGACGCGUGCCGCAGCAGCGUCAAGGCGGUGUACCUAGAUGGCGUCAAGGUGGACCAGCAGUGGGCGCCGAAGGGCACGUUCAAGAUCCCCGCGCUCAACAUGGCCGCGGCGUCCGUGCCUUCGGCAGGUCGCGAGGUGUGCAUUGAGCUCAAUGCCAAGAGCACCUGCCCCACGCUGCAGUCGUUCUGCGCGCGCAGCGCCCAGGGCCGCUGCUACUACGCCAUGUUCUCAGAGGACAAGACGUGCUGCCCGCUGGACACGUUCGUGGCAGUUAGCGGGCGCCGGUAACGAUGCUGAUGUGGCUAUCUGGACUGAUGAACAUUGAACUCAAUUGAGGAACACUACUUAUAGUGCCGUAGAGAGACUGUGAUACGGGCUCAUUGCCGCCACCGCAAGAGUAGUGGUAGAGGGCGCACAGGGGUACAUGCACUGGAGGCAGAAGCAAUCUAGGUGUAGGCGUAAUGCUGGUUGUAUGCAGUGUGCGGCGGGUUCCAUUUGCCCUUGACAACCUGACAGUCUUGUGCGCAGCACUAGCUGAUGUUCGCCAAGCCGCAUGAUUGACAUGAACCUAAUCUAGCUACAUUAAUUCUUAGGACAUGACCAACGUUCGUUAGUGGGUGUUGUGCGUUAGCACCUAAUAGUAGCCGACAUGCGUGCGGCUAGUUCUGUAUGAGCUGGUGCAGUUGAAUGAGUGGGCCGAUGGCCCGGUCGUGUCCAUACACACAAACUUGAAGCAAAUGACUCAAGGACCUCGAAUGUAAAUAGGUGCGAGA